CAGUAAAGGGGGCUGGUGAGAGCAGAGGCACUUCUCUUGGCUGAGACAAUGCGUGACAAAUAAAUGCAUAAAUCGGGAGCGAUUCAGUUUUAUCUUUUAGUUAUAUGUUCUCGAUAUCAUCCCACCUCCAUCAUCCGCAGACGGGUCUCUCGCAGGAGUGAAGAUGAAUAAACAGCCCAGUAAAGAGUCUCUGCGGGACCGGGUCAAGGGGAUCUUUGGCCUCGGUCCGACUCGGCCUCACAGCAAACAGACCGAGAGCAAACCGUCAGAGUUCAUCAUCACGCUGGACAUCCUGAUGGAGCUCACUCCAGAGUACGGCCUCCACCACCGGAUCAAAGUCAUCAACCACGUGUGCGAUCUCGCCAAAUCCAAGAAGUUUGAGGAGCAUGCGGUGGAGGCCGUGUGGAAGGCCGUGGAGGACAUGAUGCAGCCUGAACAGCCGCCUGAAGCCCAUCAUGCAGUGCUGGUGCUGCUGAGAGCCAUUAUACAGGGACAGGGUGAGCGCUUGGGUCCGCUCAGAGCCUACUUCUUCAAGAUCAUUCUGGACUAUCAGCCCUCUAAUGAAGAUCUGGCCGAGAGACUGGAGGUGUUCAAGGCCCUCACGGAGAACGGGAAAGACAUCACCUACCUAGAGGAGGAGAUCGCUCGGUUUGUUCUGCUGUGGAUGGACAUCGGUCUGUCAUCAGAUUUCCUGCAUGUGCUCGUGAACUUGGUCAAAUUCAACUCCUGCUACCUGGAUGAGAACGUCUCCCUCAUGGUCCAGAAAAUCUGCCUUCUGUGUAACCGGACGACUUCCUCCACAGAUAUCGAGGUUGCGCUGCAGGUGUUAGACGCGGUGGUGUGUUAUAACUGCCUGCCCUCCGACUCUCUGACGGUGUUCAUCAUCACACUGUGCCGAACCGUUAACGUGAAGGAGUUCUGUGAAUCCUGCUGGAAGUUGAUGCGUAAAGUGCUGGGAACUCACUUGGGUCACAGUGCCAUAUACACCAUGUGCCGUAUCAUGGAGGAGAGGGUGUACAGUGAGGACGCCGCUCUUCUCAGGGGUGCUGUGUUUUUUGUUGGUAUGGCGCUGUGGGGAGCUCACAGACUUCCUGCCCUCAAAAACACGCCCACUCUGGUCCUGCCUUCCUUCUACAAGGCCAUGAGCUGCACGAAUGAGGUGGUGUUCUAUGAGAUUGUGCUGUCGAUCACGCGACUCAUCAAGAAGUAUGGCCGAGAGCUGCUCGUCGUGACAUGGGACAUCCUGCUGUCCAUCAUAGAGAAACUCCUGCAGCAGAUACAGAUGAUGGGCAGUCCUGAUCUGAAGGUGAUCGUUUAUGAGUUACUGAGCACCGUCGAGGAGCUGUACGAGCAGAACGACUUCCACGGAUCCUCACAGAAAUUCUUCAGCCUGGUGGAGAAGUGCGCCGAUAAACGUCCCGAUGCGUCUGUGCUGACGCUGAUUUCCUACAGAGCUCAGUCCAUUCAGCCGGCCAAAGACGGGUGGCUGCAGAACCUGCUCAAACUCAUGGAGAAGUUCUUCAGGAAUGAGAGCCGUACUGUGAUCAGGAUCAAGGUUCUGCACAUCCUGUCCUUCGUGCUCAGCACAAACCGACAGCUCUAUGAAGAGGAGCUGAUCGAGGUGGUGGUGAUUCCUCAGCUGGGUCAGAUCGCUGAAGAUCGAGAUCUGUCCGUCAGGAAACAAGCCACGCAGCUGCUGGUGGAUCUCGCCGAGGGCUGCAGCACGCAUCACUUCAGCAGCCUGCUCGACAUCAUCGAGAAGGUUGCUAGUCGUCCGUUAACCUGCUCUAUGGAGGGAGAGAGAGAGCUGUCAGUGGAGUCGCCCAUGGAGGACGUCCGGACCGCUAUACUGGGACUGCUAGACAUCCUACAGAGUAAACUGUACAGUCUGCCGGCCAGUCACGCCAGUCGAGUGUACGAGCUGCUGAUUUCUCAUCUGCAGCUUCACUACAAGAACAAAUACUACAGUGCCACCGGGAGCUCCAUACGCCUCAAGGUCUUUGAUUUCUUGCUGAUGAUGAGGGCCGACUCUCUUCAUCGUCUGGGUGUCCCCAAUAAAGAUGGAGUCCUGAGAUUUAGCCCAUACUGUCACUGUGACGUUGGGGAGUCGGAGAAGAGAGUGACUGAUAAGAAGCCAACAGGAACUGUGUCACCGCCGACAGGAAGUCCCACACCAGCGGCUCCGCCCUCCUCCGUUCGCACUGCCUAUCUGCCCUACAACCUGGCCUUCAGCGUGCUGCUACAGUGCCUCAAGAUGGAGAAUGACUGGAAGGUUCUGAAGCUGGUUCUGGAUAAGAUGUCCUGCACCAUCCAGUACAAAGUUCUGAUCCUGACCUCACCCUGCAACAUCGAUCAUCUGUGCUCCACUCUCUGCUCCAUGGUGACGGACCGCCUGAUAUCGGAGCGUUUGAAGAAAACUCCUGAUGGAUUCUCCCUCACUGAUGUUCAGCUCGCUGUGGUUCCUGUUCUCACUGCCCUCACCUCCUACCACAGCUACCUGGAGCAGUCCCGACAGAGGGAGCUGGUCCAGUGUUUGGAGAAAGGCCUGAUUUACCGCUGUGCUAAGCAGUGUGUGGUGGCUCUGACCAUGUGCACCGUUGAGAUGCCCGACAUCAUGAUCAAACUCCUGCCCGCCCUCAUCGUCAAGCUCACGCACAUCUCGGCAACCGUUGCCAUGGCCUCGCCCAUGCUGGAGUUCCUGUCCACAUUGGUGCGGCUCCCACAUCUGUAUGCUAACUUUGUAGCCGAGCAGUACGUCAGCGUGUUUGCCAUAUCGCUGCCGUACACCAACCCCUCAAAGUUUAAUCAGUACAUAGUGUCUCUCGCCCAUCAUGUGAUCGCCAUGUGGUUCAUACGCUGCAGACUGCCUUUCAGGAAAGACUUUGUUCAGUACAUCACCAAGGGUCUCCGUUCAAACGCUCUUCUGCCAUUCGAUGACACUCACGAGCAGAGCAGCUUCAGAGCGCGCAGCACCAGCCUGAACGAGAGGCCCAAGAGUUUGCGGACGACCAAAGUGGCGAAGCAAGGCCCCAGCGCAAACUCUCCCGUUAAAGACCUGAAAGAUCUGUCGGCCAUGGACGCCUUCCGCUCCCGAAGCAUCAGUGUGUCCGAGCAUGCGGUGCGCAGGAUGCAGACGUCCAGCACCACCUGCAGCCUGGGCUCGGCUGACGAGAACGCGGUGAUGCAGGCGGACGACGCGCUCAAGACGGUCCACCUGGAGCUGACGGAGACCUGCCUCGACAUGAUGGCGCGAUAUGUCUUCUCCAACUUCUCUGCACUGCCCAAGAGGUCUCCUAUCGCAGAGUUCCUGUUGUCCGGUGGCCCCAGUAUGACUUGGCUGGUUGGGAAUAAGUUAGUCACCAUAACGACCAGCGGCGGCUCACGAACCCAAGCUCUUCUGGGUCUGGACAUGGCAGAGAGGCCCGGAGGAGGAGGAGAAAUGACCAGGUUACUAACAUUUCAACAUGGAUGUGGUCACGCUCUGCGGGCCGGUCCGGCUCAGAGUCUCAGUCCUCUGGUGGCGUCUCCUGAGGGCGAGUACAGUGGGCCGCUGCCCCCGCCGGGCCCCCCGCUGGAGGUGCUGGGGUCCCAGAGAGGAGUGGAGGAGCACCCGGCACCUUCCGCCUCGCAGUCCUCAGCGCCGCUCAAAGACAAGUCUAGCCUGGCCGAGUUUGUGCCCAUGCUGACACAGGGCUGGGCCGAGAUCUUCAUCCGCAGACCCUCAGGUAACACCAGCUGGCUGAUGUGUCUGGAGAACCCGCCGAGCCCCUUCUCGUCUGAGCUGGGGAACGUCCCGCUGCAGGAGCUGUCCAGUGUGCUGAUGGCCAUGGACGGGGUGAAGGAGCCCCAGAGCGAGGCCCCUGUGCCCCAGCCGCAGGGGAGGCCCUGCCCCAUCCAGCGCUCCAACACCGAUUCGGUUGUGCUGGAAGAAGCUGGACGGAGCAGAGUGACUGAGUCCAAAGAGCUGGAGGAGUUUGAGGCCGUAGCGUCUGAACCCAUCUUCAUGAGCGCCGCUACAACACCAGCCGGCUUACUGAGCAGAUCCUCCUCAACCUCCAGUCAGGACGAUGAGAAGUCGACUCUGGAGGAGGUGAGUGAGGGCGGUAUCCCCAUCGAUCAGCCUCCGCCGGCGCUCUCCACCCCGGGACAUCAAGAGACUGACGUGUCAUUAUCUCAGGCCACCACCCUGAGCAAAUCGAGCUCGUCCCCGGAGCUGCAGACUCUCCCCGAGGCCUUCACCAAGGCUGCGACCCAGAGUGCCUCCGGCGGAGACCUGCUGAGCGCCAGGAUCCCGACGGUCCAGGCCAACGAGAGAGAGGCCUCGGGUGAAAGCGCCUGGCCGGGAGAGAGCGUUAUAUCAGUCGGCCCGUCCAGCUCCAGCGCUAGCGUCUCCGUCUCCUCGUCCUCCACCUCCAGGAUGAGGCUGGAGUUUCCCACGGCUCAGCCGGGACCCCUGUCUCCCGCCGGACACAGACCCCGCGGACACACCAUCUCAGUGUCCGCACCCUCGUCCCGCAGGGAAAGGAAGAUGGACCGAGACUCGUACCACAACCGAGGAGGACCAUCCAACAUAGAGAAGAGCUCAGGACUCAGUCCCAGUGUUCAUAAAGAGCAUUCGGAGCAGGAGGUGAAGCUAAUGCAGGUGUUUUGUUCCUCUGCAGCGAUUUUCCAUAUAGCCACUCUGAUGCCGAACCGCGAGAGCGACAAGGGCUGCUGCAAUAAGAAACGCCACAUUGGGAAUGACUUUGUGGUGGUGGUUUACAAUGACUCCGGAGAGGAGUACAAACUCGGCACCAUCAAGGGUCAGUUCAACUUCGUGGAGGUGCUUAUAAAGCCUCUGGACUACGAGAGUAACCUGGUGACGCUGCAGUGCCGGAAAGAUCUGGAGGGUUUGGUCGACACCAGUGUGGCAAAGAUCGUUUCUGACCGCAAUCUACCACUGCUCGUGAGGCAGAUGGCACUCCACGCCAAUAUGGCAUCGCUGGUGCAUCAGUGUAGAGCGAACCCAUCAGACGCCUACGCUUCAAAAUGGCUGGCGAGAUUGAGACACAUCAAGAGGAUUAGGACACGGGUACGAAAGCUC